CAGGGGCUCCUCCUGGUAGCUCUGCUGCAUUGCAGCCACACUCCUGCAGCUGUUCCCAGAACCUGAAAUUACUGCCCUCGUCCACUGAGCAUUUGCCCCCCUCAUGAAAGGUAAGUUCCAGAGGCCAGGACUGUUUGCUGCUCUGUCCUCUGUGCCCACAGUAGCCUCUGUGUACAGAAGCACCAAUUAGAUACAAGCCAACAGUUCUCACUUGAAAGCACCACAGGUGGAAGAGGCAAGACCAGGCCCCCACAGGCUGUGCCUCACAGAGGCCCUGGGAGCCCUGCCCAGGUGUGUCUGACAUGUUGCCUAAGGCCCAGAGCUCUGCCAGACCAGCCCCAGGUCAGUGUCCUGGGGCCCUAGGGUGUGGACGGUGCUUCCAGGCAGUGCUGGCAGACAUUAGGGCUGCCUGGGGAGCCUAGCAGAGCCCUGCCUCUCCUGCAGCCCAGGGUGGCCGGGAGUGGUGGUCACUCCUAUCCCGCCUGUGGAGUGACCAUCCCAGAGCCUCCCUCAGGCACAAGCUUGGGCUCUGGGCAGGCAGCCGGGCCAGGCCCCACCCACCUGUUUCCUCUGAGCCUUCCUUAAUGCUAUUUUGGGCUCUCACGACAGUAACUGAUGGCUGGUGGAAAGGCAUAAAAGCAGCCGCCAGGCCUUGAGGCUCACUAGACAGCUCCAUCCAGCAGGCAGUGACCCACCGUCCUCACGGCAUCCUUACUCAAUGUGGGCACCAGGCUCUGGUUGCGGGAGCCCGUUCCUCUGCCCUGAGCUUCCCGGGGACUGACCUUGCUCGUCCAGCAGCCCUGCUACUCCCAGGCCCUCUCAGCUACAGGUAGCUGCUUCCUGGCAUCCAGAAGCCAUGAGGUCCCGGCUGCUGCUUUCAGAGGCCCACCUGCCCACAAUUCGGGAGACCUCGGAGGAGAUGCUGCCUGUGGGGACUGGGCAGGAACCCCCGGCCUCCCCCAGCUUGGAUGACUACGUCAGGUCCAUCUGUCAGCUGGCACAGUCCACCUCAGUGCUGGGUGUGCCCACAGCCAGGGGCCCAUGCAGGUCCCUAGAGGACAUCACCACCUACCUCAGGGGCCAGCAGCCUGCACUGCAUGGGGCUGGUACUUCUGACCCCCUGCACUGCCUGUUCGGGGAGUCCCAGGGAAGGUGGCCAAGUAGGAGGGAACUUCCCAGGAUGACUGGCCCCUCUGCUGAGUCCAGGGGCCCAUGUGGACAGAUGGACAGUAGCAAGGCUGGGGAGGCCUCCAGAGGGAGGCUCUGUGAUGCCAGAUCACCCAGGCACUUUCUGGCAAGACCAUCGAGGGAAUGGCACCAGGGCUCCCUGACUCCCAGGCAGUCUGGCCGGGCUGCAGCCUCCCCCAUGAGGCCCAGCCCAGCAGCAUCCUCAGAACUCUCUACCUGCACCUCCCAGUGAUCCAUGAACUCUGACACCUCCCCAGUAGAGCAUGCUGCUCUGGUGCUGCCCCGCAGGUCUCCGGUUCAUGGCAGCAGCCUGCCUCCACAGCGAUCCCAUGUGCACUGCUCCCUAUAGGCUGACCGUCUUGGCGAGCUAAAUGCCUCUAUCCCUGGUGUUUUCAUGAGUCAGGGGUCCUGACUCCUAGGCUGUUCUGACAAAUAAGUGGGAUAAAACCCACAUAUGGGGCUGUGGUUACAAGACCACACAGAGUAGCCAUUAUUGCUGAGGCUGUCUCUCAGGCGGGAAGUGAGGUUGGACUGAGCAGCGGAGACGGGUAGGCUGAGCAAGGUCCCGGGCACCCCCAGGUCAGUCCCUCAGCCCCGCCCCAUAGAGCCUGUGCUCCAAGAGGCCUGAGAGAACACCAGGGCUCUGCAGAUGCACCCACUAUGCUUUGGGGGGCCUGUCCCUGGGGUGUCCUGGGGACCGCAGUUGGUCCAGCUCACAAGUCCUGCUGUGGCAUCAGGUCAGCCUGUGGGGUGCCAGACCCCGGCCAGGGGGCCCGUCCCCACCCCUCCCUGUCUGCACCUCAGCUAUGGGGCCAAGUCCAGCCCCACUCCUCAGACCUGUUCACAGCCUGGCGAAUCCGUGUUCUUGGAGUCUCUGGCAGAGAGGUGAGGGUGGGGAAUAGAGGAGAGGGAGGAUCUCCUCAGAGAGGCAGGUGGGCAUCAGAGGGCUCCAAAGGUCAGGCCUGAGGACCUGUCCUCCCUCUCACUGGGGCUGUGUGGGAGCUGGCUGACCUGGUCAGGGUGGAGGGGGCUGAGAAGAGAGGAGCCAGGAGCUGGGUGGCUACCAAGUCCACCCCUGCUUCUGCCCCCCAACUCCCUGCUCUGUGCACAGCAAACUCCUUCCUUCCUUUUUUUUUUGGUGCUAUUUUUAAAUUGCUCUGGACUAUAAAAAUGUUUGUCCCCUUUCAUGUGUAUUUUGUGGGGAGACAGAAUGUAAAAUAUAUUUAAAAGGGAUUUAGUCAAGCAAUUUACUAUUUUAUCUGUAAAAUGGGGGCACCAAUGCUGGUCUUUCACACCCCACAGAGCACAGGAGCUGGCAGAUGAGCUUACAAGCACCACACACAGAUGUCUGCAUCAUCACAGCCUGCUGUAUCUCUGCUCGGCUCACAUCUGUGGCUCCCUGGCCUCUGGCAAAUAAGUACGGGGCAGCCUGGAGCCCAAGGGCCCCUAGGAGGCAGUGAGGAGGGUUAGCCUACUGAGUGGGUGCCUGGCUGGGGGUGAACGGGCUGGGCUUUCUGGGCCCCUUCUGUGAAGCAGCAUGAACUGAGUCAGAGGGAGGCAAUCACAAUGACACUGGCCAAUUCCCCUGAGCUCAGAGACCUCGCUGUUGCAUUUGGGGAGGUCAAACAAUGGGGAGCAGACCCUGGGCUCUGGGAUCCUGUUAACAUCCGCCAAUAAGAAAGGAGCUAAGGCACCUUCAGAAGGUACUUAAAGAAAGCAAUAAAGGGCUGGGGGAGGGGCUCCCAUAGGACAGAACAGCCUGGAGCGCCGUCCUCGGGAUGCAGGCCAGAAGAGCAGCGGCAUUCUCCUCACUCCUGGCUUGGAGUUCUGUCUCUGGGGGUCCAGCUCUGGGGACCCACUUGCUGCUCCACCUAGGAGGUGGAUGGAGGCCCUAGGGCUUGGAUGGUUAAUGAUGGGUUAACCCCCUGGUUUUAGGUGAUCCUCUGUUCUGUGCAGACACCAGCCUGCAUGGGGAAGGGACGCAGUGCCCCACCCAGAGGGCAGGCUGGGGACAUGUCCACAGGCCACCAUUCACUGGGGUCAGGGGCCUGUCAGCCCCCCACCAUUUCUGCCUGCAGGCCUGGGAGAAGGUGCUCAUUAUAGGAAGAGGAUCCUGGGGACACAGAGACCGUGGGUGAGGGGGCAUAGAUAUGGUGGGCAGGGGGGACACAGAGACCAGGGUCCAAAGGGACACAGAGAUUAGGGCAGGGGGACAGAGAGA